UGGACACAGACGGCAGCAGGUCGCAGCAGCAGAAGGCAGAAGGCAGUGGAGCCCGAGGAAGCACAACAGAGGCACAUGAAACACAAUUCAAAAACACUUUGACCGGCAAAGUUGCCACACGGAAUUUCUUCUUGUGCAACGUCGAGGAGCGAAAGAAAAAGCAGCGAAAGGAGCAAAGUUUCGCACUUUUGUUUUGGCCAACUUUUCUUUGGGAUAUGUUUUAAUAAACUUUCCAUCGAGUUCAUUAAAUUUGAUUCAAGUAAAUGUGUUUGUCUUUCGGUCAGUACCCUCCUGCUGCUGUUCCUGCUCCUGCUCCAGCUCCAGCUCCUGCUCCUGCUCCACUCUUCCCUGUGUCCCCGGAAGAGAGUGUGCCUUAAACAAGUUGAGACAAUUGCGACUGAUUGAUAGUCAAUUAGUGGAAGUGGAUGCUGAUGCUGAUGCCGGUCUCCUUCUCCGUCUCCUUCUCCUUAUCCGCCGCACCCCACUGCCACUGUUGCAAGUGGCAAGAGCAACAACUGUUUGUGCAUAAAUAACCCAAAACAACCAGCAACAACAACCGCCAGACCAAAGUGUCAUUAACCUAAUUGCCGCAAAAGAAGCUACAGAGGAGCUACAGAGGAGCCCAAGCGGAGAAGCCCAAAAAGGGGAAAAAAUCUACGGCCAUAAAACAACUUGCAACGUGUUGCAAUAAAACCGAAUUUGCAUAAAGCAGGGGCGUAGAACAUCACACAUCGCUGGACAAGCCGCGACUGCAGGCGAGAACAAAAACUUGAAGGAGUUUACCUUGAGAAAGGAGCACGCGAAGAAUUCCAUUGCGUCGACGCGGCGACGGCGUUGCUGUUGCUGUUGCUGCCCCUAGCAAUUCUUUUGACCACAACAAAUCUAGCACGCAAGGUGUUGUAGGAAGGUGCUCCUAGCCUUAAGAGUCUUAAGAGAGCCUUCUCCUUCGCGGCGAACAUGAACGAAGAGAACGACGAUUACCUGGCCCACGAAGCCGCUGCCAUGGCGGAUGAGGAAAGGGAUGUGGACGGUGGGGACGGGGACGGGGACCUGGACGGAGAUGGGGCUGGGCAUGGGCAUGGCCGCAGCGUCGCAGCUGCUAAUAACGAGUCCGUGCUUGGCGGCCAAACAAUGCCACAAAUUAGUUCGAACGCACAGCUCGAGGGAAACGUUUCGCCAACACCGAUACCGACCCAGACAACGACGUCCCGCUUUGAUGAUAAUCUCCAGAAUAAUAAUAUUAGCAACAAGCACAGCGGCCACGGCAACAUUAACAACAACCACAGCAGCGGCGGCGGUGGCGGCGGCAAUCACCAGCAGAACGACUCCAGCCUCGGCGGCCUCGGCAGCCCCCUGAAGAGCCCCAAGCGUAACAUCUCGUCCAGCUUCCGGAUACAGAAUGCCCCCUACGAUGAGGACGACGACCUAACGGCCGGCGACUUGCAGCCAGACAUCGCCGGUGCAUCUGCUGCAGCAGCUGGAAGUGGUCCUGGUGUUGGUGUUGGCAAUCGGCACGUACCCGGCACGGACUACUGGCAGCCAAGGAACGGCGGCGGCUCAGUCCACGGCGGUGGAGUCCAGAGUGGUGUCCAGAGCGGCCAUCAGAGUCGGGCCCUCAGCCCGAGCUACCUGGACAACAUGAGCGAGAACUCGGAGCAACCGCCUGUUGUGCCCCUGGUGCGGUCCAAGUCGCGGCCGGAGAUCUCUAGUGCGGCGGCCUCCCGCUACUCCAAUCUGUCCUACUGGAAGGCCCGGCGCGUGGUUUUCUACCGCAACGGGGACCCGUUCUUCCCGGGGGUGGAGCUGCGCUACAGACCCGGGCGCGAUGUCACGUCGCUGGACAACCUUCUGGACAAGAUAUCGCCCAAGAUGGAUCUGCCGCGUGGGGCACGCUAUGUCUUCUCCAUGGACGGCGACCGGAAGUAUCAUCUGGACGAGCUGGAGGAUGGCGCCUUCUAUGUGGUCUCCUCGUUCAAGGCGUUCAAGCCUGCCAGCUACGGCAAGAAGAACGGGAUGUGGUAUGCAUCGCCUGGAAAUCAGGGCUGGGGCUCCAAGCCCGCCAGUCGGAAGCCCUCAAUAAUGGAAGCGGAUUUGGGCACAUUAUCGACCACAUCAGGCUCGAUAAAGCGCAGUGCCGGCCGUGUGAUACGCAUCAUCAAUAAUUUGGAUCAUUCGGUGCAGUGUCGCGUUUUGUUGAACCUACGCACCUCGCAGCCAUUCGAGGAAGUGCUCGAGGAUUUGGGUCAAGUGCUGAAAAUUAACGGAGCAAAGAAAAUGUACACAGGCACUGGCCAGGAGGUCCGCAGUUUCUCCCAGCUGCGGAACGAGUUCGCCGACGUGGACACCUUCUACCUGGCCACGGGCACUGCUCUGAUUGCCGGCUCACCCAUCAGACGGUCGCGGUCGAGACCCUCGGUGGUGGCCGCCGCCCCCAUACUGCCCACGGAUGAGCUGCCCAAGGUGCCGCUGCGUGGGGCAAGGCCUAGGAGCAAGAGCCGGCCGCGCAUACUGUACGCGCCGGAGAGCGAGAUAUUGCGACCGAAUGGGGAGUACACCAUGCUGGACAUCAUGAAGGAGGAGCCCACCAAGGUUACGAUCAGGGGCUUGCGGCGUACCUUCUAUCCGCCCGUUCACCAUGCGCCGGCUGACAACUCGCCGCCGGACAAAAAGUUGCAGCUCCAAUGGGUCCAUGGCUACCGUGGCAUCGAUGCUCGCCGGAACCUUUGGGUCUUGCCGUCCGGGGAGCUGCUCUACUACGUGGCCGCUGUGGCCGUGCUCUUCGACCGGGACGAGGAUGCUCAGCGCCACUACACAGGCCACACUGAAGAUAUUAUGUGCAUGGAUGUGCACCCCUCCAGGGAGCUGGUGGCCUCGGGGCAGAAAGCUGGACGCGAUCGCAAGUCGCAGGCGCAUGUACGGAUCUGGAGCACCGAGUCCUUGCAGACACUCUACGUUUUUGGCAUGGGCGAACUAGAUAGUGGCGUCACUGCCGUGGCAUUUUCGCAGCUGAACGGAGGCAGCUACAUCCUUGCCGUAGACAGCGGCCGUGAGAGCAUCCUGUCCGUUUGGCAGUGGCAAUGGGGUCACCUGCUGGGAAAAGUAGCCACACUGCAGGAGGGCCUAUCGGGCGCCGCAUUCCAUCCGCUGGAUGAUAAUCUCAUCAUCACACACGGGCGCGGCCACCUGGCCUUCUGGCAUCGGCGCAAAGAUGGCUUCUUCGAGCGGACGGAUAUUGUCAAGCAGCCAUCGCGCUCGCACGUAACGAGCGUGCAAUUCGAGCCGGAUGGCGAUGUCAUAACAGCCGACUCGGAUGGCUUUAUCACCAUCUACUCUGUGGACUCCGAUGGCGCGUACUUUGUCCGCACCGAGUUCGAGGCCCACAACAAGGGCAUCGGCUGCCUGAUCAUGCUGGGGGAGGGAACACUGCUGUCGGGCGGCGAAAAGGACCGCAAGAUAGCCGCCUGGGACUCCCUGCAGAACUACAAGAAGAUUGCCGACACUAAGCUUCCUGAAGCCGCUGGCGGCGUGCGAACGAUUUAUCCGCAGCGUCCUGGGCGCAACGAUGGCAACAUCUAUGUCGGCACAACCCGCAACAACAUCCUCGAGGGCUCGCUGCAGCGCCGCUUCACCCAGGUGGUCUUCGGUCAUGGCCGGCAGCUGUGGGGUCUGGCCGCACAUCCGGAUGACGAGCUCUAUGCGACGGCUGGUCACGACAAGCAUGUGGCGCUGUGGCGCAAGAAUAAACUGAUCUGGACCAUUCAGACGGGGUACGAGUGUGUGGCGUUGGCCUUCCAUCCGUUUGGCACUCUUGCUGCGGGCAGCACUGAGGGCCAUCUGCUGGUCAUCAACUGCGAGAACGGAGCGGUGAUGUUGACCCUUCGCGUCUGUGGCUCGCCCCUCAACUGCGUGGCCUACAAUCAGGUUGGUGACAUGAUUGCCAUGGGCUCACAGAAUGGCAGCAUUUACCUCUUCCGCGUCUCGCGCGACGGUUUUUCCUACAAGAAGGUCAACAAGAUACGCGGCUCCCAGCCCCUGACACACCUGGACUGGAGCAUGGAUGGCAACUUUGUGCAGACGGUGACAAUUGACUUUGACCUGCUGUUCUGGGACGCCAAGUCGCUGUCGCCGGAGCGCAGUCCCAUUGCCAUGAAGGAUGUCAAGUGGCUGACCAACAACUGCACUGUGGGCUUCCUGGUGGCCGGCCAGUGGAGCAAUCGCUACUACAGCACCACCAACACCAUCGUAGCCACCUGCAGCCGCUCGGCCGCACACGAUAUGCUUGCCUCUGGCGAUGCCGAGGGAUAUUUGCGUUUGUUCAGGUAUCCGUGCAUCUCGCCGCGCGCCGAAUUCCACGAGUCGAAGGUGUACUCUGGCAUGCUGGCCUGCGCCCGCUUCCUGUGCGGGGAUCACACACUCAUCACGGUGGGCGGCACAGACGCUUCGCUCAUGGUGUGGGACAUUGUCGAGGAAUAGCUGAAAUGGCCACCGUGGCGCACCACUGCCCAGUACGAGUCGUGCUACACGGAUUACUGGAAUCGCCGCACAUCGCGGGUCUCCUCCACAUUGCUGGACAGUGACUCUGUCGACUAUCAGUGACUCCAUUCGAGUCCGAUCGGCUCGGUUCUGGACAGUGUUCUGCUUGCUAGAGAUUCAAACGAACAACAAUUGGCCAGCAUUCCGUUUUUUUUUUGUAGAUGAACGAAAUAUUAAUAUUAGAUAAUUGCACCAAUUGCAUUAAUACGAUCGAAAUUCAACAUUUUCGAACAUUUUUUUGAACAGAAACAAAUCACAUAGCAAACCGCACUCAAAACGGCUUCCACUCCGAGAAUCUUCCGUUAGUCUUGCCAUCUGCAUUUGUCCCUGCCUUCCCCCCAUUCGAUUAAACAACUAAAUCUAACUCUAAAUGCCACUGGUGGAUACUACAACUAUAACUUUACGCAGCGAACAGCCGCAGUCAAAGCCUGACAAACUAUACUUCAUCUUCCACAACGUCUAUAUCUUGGUGUGUCGGUACCUUCACCUUCACCUUCCCCGAACAAAUGCAAAUGCAGUAACAUAACCAGACAGUACGACAGUAAGUGACAAACAAACAGACAUGCAUCUCACCACAAACGCACUCAAACGUACGGAUAAUGAAUACCAAGAAGUGCACUUCCAACUUAUAUACAUAUACUUAUAUACAUAUAUCGAAUGUGUAUUGUUAAAGCAACUUUUAUCAUAAGCGUUGAAAUAAAUAAACAGUUUG